CAAGAAAUGUUUGUUCCGAUAAGUCUGCCCAGCGUAUACCGCUGCCGCAAGCGACAAAGACCUCUUGACCGCUCGCUACAAUGAGUGCUGUUGGUCCAUCGGCUGAGCAUCUCGCCACACCUUCCACUUGGUAGAUUGGAUGUAGGUCCGCCAUGACACUGUGCUCCCCCACUAGCAGCUCUCCCUCAUAGACCUGCAAGCAAGCAGACUACAGCGCGUCGGUGUGUGAGCCUUUACUGCUUCUUGUCUGUGUCGUCUUCUCUCGCCCAGCAAAUUCUGCCCUCGCGACCACCACACAGCAAGGACUGGCGAAGAGAGCGUACAGGCUGUCCUCCCCCUGCGCGACUCCCCUGAGUCCAUUGUAUCCUGCAUAGCACAUCCAUUCAAGACAGCGCGCAAUGACAUGGGCCAGUCUUUGCUAGCCAUCCACGACACUCAUUGUUGCAAGACGCGACCACAAACAUGUCUGUCAUUGGAGAGCACGAAUACCGUGGUAUACAGAUAGGUAUCUCAUGGAAAGCAUUGGAUGGGCAGCGUGGCUAUCUCUACCUUGACUAUAACAAUUCACUCUCGAGCUCAUCCUCCCUUGUCACCUACUGGCUAUCGCCCAGAUCACGCGAAUGGAAGAACAUCAACCGGCGCGCAGCGCUGGAAGUGCUUGCCAUCGAUACUGAAAGACUCAAUCAAAAGGGCAGAGAUGCAGGUCCAGGCGAGAUCUUGAGGUAUGACACGGGACCGGCCAAGAUUGAGUUGGGCUCUGGUGUGUGCAAAAUUGGAAUAUGGACCAUGACUUAUAUCCGCAACGAAGAGAAGCUGAUAGCCGUCAGCAUCAGUGCACUCAAGUCGAGACUCGUGGCAAGUGCUGUUGUCAGUGGGUCCACUGUCGACGAGCAAGUAUCCGAUGCAUUGCUUGACCGCCUCAUGACUGUGCCCAAUAUCGUUGAAGCGUUGCAAGACAAGGUCAAGGUGGCCAAAGGCAAGGAAGCACCACAAGCAAAGAUCCAAGGCUCUCAAAAGAGCGAGAAGGGCAAAGCCGUUCAAGCAGGAACGGUCGAUUCAAGUGCAGACAAAUCAGCAAGACUGGCAAAAGCAGUCGAACAUCUCAAACUUCUCUGGCAACGCAUGAAGACUGUCUCCAGCCUCAGCGACGCAGACUUCCCACGAGAGAUGACGAUUAUGCUUUCAGAGAUGACUGCCGCUCAGCGCGACAGCUUCUUUAUUCUGACUGGCGUCUUCAUCGAAGAAGUAAUCAUGGAGCUCAUGCGCGGUCUAGUCAACGAUGCAGCAGCCUUCGGCAAAGAUCCCGUCGCCGCAAAGUCAGCCUUGUCGGUUGGCGAGUUUGUCAGAAUAUGGGAUACGCUUCAAGAAGGCAAUGCCUCACCCGAUGUACGAAAAGCCGCCAAGGAGUGCUUCGAUGCCUUGUCAUCAGGUCUUACCACGGUGCAGGAUCGAGUGGAGAUCAAAGAAGUUUUGGCAGAGCUGCAAAGCGAGAUUGAUGAACGGUAUCCCGCCGCUCGCGCCAUGGUCAAUGGCAAAAGCAAGGGCAAGGGAAAAGGGAAGCAGGCAAUGAGCAAGGCUGGGCAAAAUGCCAUGGAAGACGCAAUGGACUGGCUGCGAACGCUCUGGACGCGUGCCAACAAUGACUUGGCCAUUCAAGAACACGAAGUCGGAACAUUUUUGGAAGUGUGCAUCCAAACGCUGCCUGAAGAGAUCAAGGUGGCUUUCGACAAGCUCAACAUUGAUAAGGCAGCUCUCGCAGCUGCAAUGCGAAGUGAGAUACAAGAGGCCAGACCCUUGGCGCGUGACACUGGCGUCCCAUCCGACACGCUUGAUUUGACGAGAACUCCAAAACCAGGCAAGCCUUCUAAAGCAAUGCUACAUGCCGUCUCAGACUUACGUUCCAUUGUGACGGCAAGCCUACGUCAAGGUGGUUUCAGCAAAUUGGAAGUACCGGCUCUGAUUCAAUCGGCCAUCAAGACCAUGCCGCCAUCGACGAAGGAGUACUACGAGAAUCUCGGCGUCAACAUGAACGAUGCCGCUACCCUCUACUGGUUAGAAUAUCAGCGAGAGCAUUCGGCUAAUGGCGAAUCCGCAGGCACCAAGGGUAUUACUGCAAGCAAGAAGAGCAACGCACAAGGAAAGGGCAAACAUGACAACCGCAGCGCAACAACCUCGGCGCUCGUUGAGGGCAUGAUGGAAGCAGCACGAGGAUCUAUGUCCAUUGGGGCAACACCUGCAGCGCCCGCCGCCUCAUCUGGGGCGAAGAACAAGCAAGAGGUACAGCGCCCAGCUCCUGCUGGCCCAUUACCCGAUACUCCUUCAACAACAGUGCCAACAAACUUGUGUGUGGUCUGCUACGAUCAGGCACGGUUCGAGUGUUCCCGAUGUCACGCCAAGUAUUGCUCUGAAACAUGUCAGCGCGACGACUGGGCACACCAUAAGCCACUGUGCAAGAAAGUCUAGCACAAUUGUUGGUGAUUUCUUGCGAGGACUGAAUAGGAAUUCUAGCAUAGUUUCUUCUCGAUUGACUUAGACUUUAAUUGCAUCUCACUACAAUGUA